UCUGACAAAGUGUCCGUGCGUCGCCCUCUACGUGGCGUUGGUUUGACUGGAUCGUUGAAGAGCUGAUACAGAGCGCCGUUUGUGAUGUCGAACCCUGGAGGUCGCAGACUGAAACAGUGGCUGAUGGAACAGAUCCAGAGCGCUCAGUACUCUGGACUGCAGUGGGAGGACGACAGCCGGACCAUGUUCCGGAUCCCCUGGAAACACGCGGGGAAACAGGAUUACAACCAAGAAGUAGACGCAUCUAUUUUUAAGGCCUGGGCUGUGUUUAAAGGCAAGUUUAAGGAAGGGGACAAAGCUGAGCCCGCCACAUGGAAGACCAGACUGCGCUGCGCUCUCAACAAAAGCCCUGACUUUGAGGAGGUGACAGAAAGGUCACAGCUGGACAUCUCUGAACCAUAUAAAGUCUACCGCAUUGUACCUGAAGAAGAGCAGAAGCAUGGAAAAAGCUCAGUGAUGACUGUGGCAGCUACCAGCAGCUCGUGUGAGAUGACGGACAUGGACUGCAGCCCUGCAGAAAUAGAGUCACUGAUUAAAGAGGAGGAAGGCUGCAGUAUCCAGGCCAGUCCAGAGUACUGGUCCCAGAGCAGCAUCACUGGUUUCCCACUGCAUCAGGAUCUGCUGCCAGUGGGCAGUUCAAGCUCAGGUUUCUCCGAAAUGAUGAUCAGUUUCUAUUACAGUGGAAAGCUGAUGCAUAACACACUGGUUGCUCACCCUGAAGGUUGCCGGAUUGCCCCGGGCCAACAGCACAUGGGUCGUGGCGCCCUGUACAGUUCAGAGAGCAUGCAGAGCAUUCCCUUCCCUCCUUCUGUGGUCAUUGAGCACGAGCGGCAGCGCUAUGUGACGCGCAAGCUCCUUGGCCACCUGGAGAGAGGCGUUUUGGUCCGUGCCAACCAAGAGGGCAUCUUCAUUAAAAGGCUGUGCCAGAGCCGUGUCUUCUGGAUGGGGAUGGGAGAAAUUGGCUCACAUUAUAGCCCUGUACCCUGUAAACUCGAGAGAGAUGCUGUGGUCAAGAUUUUUGACACAGGAAGUUUCUUGCAUGCUCUGGAGCUAUACCAAGAGGGUCAGGUUCACGCUCCUAAUCCCACAGUGACUCUGUGCUUUGGAGAGGAGCUCCACAGUCUCAAUGCUGCCAAAAGCAAGCUGAUCAUUGUACAGAUCACUAUGAUGAAAUGCCAGCAGCUCCUGGAGACUGUCAACAUGCGACGCUCUCAGCCCUACACCAGCACCUCCAACCUGGAGAUGUCUGAAGAGGUGGCUCAUAUCUACCAGGACUUAUGCAGCUACAGCGCCCCCCAGAGGACAGCAUGCUACAGGGACAACAUUCCUAUUACUGUCUGAACUGUGAGCAGCAACACGUGACAGGAGCAUAGAGAACAGAGCGGGCUGUGCAUGAACUGAAAGGUUGCUGAAUUAAUUCCUGACUGAGUUCACGCUGGCCAUGCUGGUUGGCAAAAGACAUGCUGGAUUUACUCACUGAAUUCACAAACAGUCCAGUCAAAUUGAUAAUUCACAAAUAGUGUUGCUGUUUGAUUGCAAAACACAAGCACACAACUAAAUAUGUUGAUGAAUUAGGCCAGGGGAUAGGAGCCUUGGUCUUGGAGAUCACCUAUCACUGCCUCUUUCCCGUAUGUACCCUGUUGCAACCACAGCUGAUGAGCUAAGUUUGGUGUUUUUCUUAACUGGCUGAGUGCACACCUGACGAGCAGAGAGAGUUUGAAAACAUGCAGGACAGGUGGCCUUCAUGAUGUUUUAGACGGUGAGGCUACAGAAUAUGUGGCCAAAUGUUUGCUAGUUGGUGUGCAGGAUCCUACACACCAACCUUACCUUACAGUCUGUCUGGACAGUUUAUCACUUUUUUGCCUUUUCUUCCACAAACCACACAUGGAAUAUGUGUUUGUCACCAUGUGUCAGUAGGCCAUUGAUAUUGAUGACCAGACAACACAAAUCAACAUUUGGAACCAAACUGAAAUUAAUCUGUAGACCGCUUACCUACAGUGGACCAGAACAGAACAGGUGUCACAGACUGAAUGGUCCGCCCCUAAAAAUCGGUCCACCUUUUGCAUCUGCACAUGCGUCAUUUCAGACCACAGCAGCACACCUGAGACGGAGUCUCUUCACCCAAA